CUGUGGAUUUGCCUGUUCUGGUCAUUUCAUACCAAUGGAAUCACACAUGUGGGCUUUCGUGUCUGGCUGCUGUCACUCAGUGCCGUGGUUUCGAGGUUCACCCAUGUUGUAGCAUGAAUCUUCUCCACGGACAUUUGGGGUCUUUGCUGACAGUGGGGAGAAAGGGUGGAACACUGAGACCCCCAGAGGCCCAGAAACAGACACAGAAGAAAGACUAAUCUGAGCCUAGAAGAAGCGAGGAGACUCUUCGGAGUGGAGACCCCGGGUGCCCUGAGGCUGGAGUUUGGGAAAUGGGAAGGUGAGCAUUUUGGGGGGCUGCGUGUGUACAGCAAGCACCUCAUAAUUUGUUGGGAGAGCGACCUCAGAUAUCCAAGGACACUGGACUCCAUUCAGCUCCUGAGUCCCAGAGGUUGUCCAGAGAGGGCAAGAGACCUGGCCAAGGACACAGAGCCCAGGCCACCCAGGGGACGAGCACUUGGGGUCCAGCCUGGGCCUGGGGCCAGCAGAACAGAACCCCAGACCAGGGACCCUGGGUCUGACUUGCCUCAAAAGUGGGUUGUGGCGGCAGGAGGCCAGGACUACCCUGAGCUGACUUCCUGGGUUUCUCUUUCAUUUUGACUCGCCCGGGAGGGGCCAUGACACUUACCUUUUUUUUUUUUUUUAACCUUUUUACUUUUCUUUCAUGCUUGGCUUCAAAGUGUUCUGGGGUGAGGGCAGGGCAGUUGGGGUCUCACUGGCAGCGCAAAAGCUCUUCGGAGGCCACAGGCCCCUGCGUGGACCCGAUGGGGUGGCCAGUGGCCAGGCUGGUCCCUCUCCUCCUCUUCUUGCUCCCCUGGCCAUGUGCUGAAGCCUGCAAUACCAGCAGGUGCAGUUUUCAGGACCCGCCGUAUCAGAACGCAGACUCAGGAUUUCCUCCAGGCUCAGCCACAGGCCCCAGAGCCCUGAGCUGCUACCGGAUGUUUGGCGCCUGUUACGAAUGUGCCUGGGAAUAUGAGGGUCCCGCGGCUGGAGUCAAGCACUUCCUGAGGGGCUGCCUCAGGCCCGGCCACUGCUGCUACUUCCCUGCGGUCUCGGGCACCAAGCUGCAGUUCUCCGAACAGGACGGUGUACCUGUGCUCGACAACGUCACUCUCUGGGUGGAGUCCUGGGCCGCCAACCGGAUAGAGAAGUCGCCCGAGGUCACCUUGAUCCUAUACCGCUCUGUUAAAUACGACCCGCCACCAGAAGACAUCCAAGUGUCACGCUUAGCAGGGCAGCUGCACUUGCAGUGGGAGACCCCCGCCCGCCAGGAUGGCGCUGAGGUGCAGUUCAGGCGCCGGACGCCUGGCAGUGCGUGGAAGUUGGGUGACUGUGGACAUCAGGAUGAUGCUGGCUUUGAAUCCUGCCUCGGCCCGCUGGAGAGGAACGAGGCCCAGGAAUUCCAGCUGAGGCGCCGGCAGCUGGGGCCCGGCGCCCUGCAAGGUCCCUGGAGCGGCUGGAGCAGCCCCGUGUGUGUCCCCCCUGAGCCGCCCCCACAGCCCGAGGUGUGGCUCUGGGUGAAGCCGCUGGGCCGGGACGGGAGGAGGCCAGUGACCCUGCGCAGGCGGCCGUCCCGGCUCCAGCUCCCCGAAGGCUGCCGUGGGCCCGACUCUGGCGCCCAGGUGACCUACGACCUCCACCUGCACAUGCUGUCCUGCCCGUGCAAGCCCCAGGCAACCAAGACCCUGCGCCUGAAAAGAACCCUCAGCCUCUCGGGUGCUGCCUACAACCUGACCGUCGUCUCCCGGAAUCGCUUUGGCCCCGGCCCCAACCAGUCGUGGCACGUUCCUGCCCACACACACCCAGAACCGGGACCUCUGAAUAUCAGUGCCGGAGCCCAUGGGACCACUAUGAGUUGGCCGGCCAAGGCCCCGGGCCUCACAUACUGCAUUGAGUGGCAGCCCCAGGGCCAGGACGAGAGCCCUGCCAACUGCAACCUGACUGUGCCCCAGGACCCGGAUUCUUCUGGAACAGCCACCCUCCGCUGGAGCCCAGCUGCCGGGGCGCUGGGGCAGAGGGCGUGCUACCGCGUCACCGUCUCGUCCUCGGCACAGCCCAGGAACCCCGCCUCGUGGUCCACCGUCUCGUCCGCCUACCACUUCGGGGGCAAUGCCUCCGAGGCUGGGAGCCCACAGCACGUUUCGGUGAAGGUGCUCAGCCCGGACUCGGUGUCUGUGGACUGGACGCCGUCCCUGCUGAGCCCCUGCCCUGGCGUCCUGAAGACGUACGUGGUGCACUACCGGGACGAGGACAGCAACCAGGUGACCGAGCUGCCCGUGAACCGCACGGAGACCCAGGUCACCCUCGUUGGCCUGCGGGCUGGCACAGCCUACAGCGUGCAGGUGCGAGCAGACACUGCGACACUGAGGGGCGCCUGGAGCCAGCCCCAGCGCUUCCACAUAGACGUCCAGCUUCCGGAGCUGUCCGGUUUGUCCAUCUUCCUCGCCUCCCUGGGGAGCUUCCUGAGCAUCCUCCUCCUGGGCGUCCUCGGGUACUUCAGCCUGAACAGGGCCUUGCCACACCUGUGCCCGCCCCUGCCCACACCCUGCGCCAGCACCGCUGUCGAGUUUCCUGGCGGCCAGGGGAAGCUGGCGUGGCAGUGGACCAGCCCGGCAGACUUCCAGAAGGAGGAGGAAGAGUUCCUGAAAGAGGCCCUGGUGGUGACCAUGCCGUGCGGAAAAGGCGAGGUGGCUGACCUGCACGCGCCCAGCCCGCUCCGGGGCCAGACAGAGCUGCCCUGGGGCACCCUUGAGCCAGCCCUAGACGCAGAGCUGUGCUUGGAGGACAGGAGACAGGGGCAAGGACACCCUGAGGCCGGGGUUCUGGAGCCCAGUGGGCAGCACAGUCUGGAGGGCAGCUCUGCCCGGGCGGCUGGACCGUCCCUGCUCCUGGGAGAUCACAUGCAGAGUCCCAGGUCUGACGGUCUUCGACAUACGGGCCUGGAGGCCUGAAGGGGAAAAGGGAAUGUCCACCUCAUCUUAUGGACAGGACAGAAAGACUGACGAUUAAAGUCACAGCAGGUGGUUAUUAAAUGCGUAUUGCAUACCCAGCCUUUUCUGUUCAGACACUCGCAUGAUGCCUGGGGCACAUCCUGUCCUAUUUUACCAUUUUACAGACGUAAC